UUCUUCUUCCGCUUCUUCAUUUUUUUUUUUUUGUUAUAGGGGUUUAGACUGUUGUUGUCUAUAUCCCCUGGAUCCUCUUCUUUUGAACUUCUUGUUUCAUAAAUCAUAUCAGUUAAUUUAGUUAUUUGUAGAAAUAUAUUUGUAUCUCUCUCUCUCUCUCUCUCUCUCUCUCUCUCUCUCUCUCUCUCUCUCUCUCUCUCUCUCUCUCUCUCUCUCUCUCUCUCUCUCUCUCUCUCUCUCUCUCUCUCUCUCUCUUUCUCUCUCUCUCUCUCUCACGUCCAAUAUCGAGUCCACAUUAUCCAGACUAUGCACAUCAAUACAAAAAAAAAAAAAAAGCGAGAGGCCACCGCACCUUCUACAUUUAUUAGCUUAUUUAUCUAUCCAUCUAUUUAUCUAUAUGCUUAUAUAAGUCCUUUACCGCCUGUGAUACACCAUUUAGUGAUCCCUCAGAAAGACCUUCCCGUCGACGCCGUGACAGCAAUCGUUACUCAAGAGAAGAGAACAGGAAAACCACAAACGUUUUUUUCGAGGAAGGUGUUUGACUGAAAAAAAAAAAAAAAACGUUUAUUGUAUGAUUCAUUUGCAGCAAUUUCCGGGUCUGUUUGGUGAAUCUGGAUAGCCUUUUAAGGCUGUGGUAGUGCAACUUCAUGAAAAAUGCAAAAUGCAGGAAUAGAACUGACUGUGUAAUUCAUUACCUACUGAAUAAACUCAAGAAAUUAACAACAUUACUUAAAAGGCAUUAUUCAUAUACACUUUACAAAAAUAUCUGAAUAACAGUAUGAAAUAGCAGUUAGCAAAUAUGGAGUGUGUGAAUUCACAAGAAAGAAACUCAGAGACCCUUACAUCAUCAGUGUCUGGACACACUUUGCAGGGUCAGGAGUACAGACCAAAGCGCAGACUUGCUAAGUGUUCUCAGUCACUAAAGUUUGUUCUAGCAAGGCCCACAAAAAAAAGGAGAGAACUAGUUAAGAAUCCCAUCAAUUCAUCUAUAGGCAGUGUUGAAACAGUGGACACAGCUGAACAUCUUGGAUGGAUAGAGAGUCCUGAAGUUGAUGUUAACAACAGCAUCUCUCUUGUACUAGAAAAUGGAGAGAGGGAGACCAGUCUUGGGGGUGAGAGUUUAUCUCCCAUCAUACCCAGCAGAUGCAGCAAUAACAGUGUGCCUUUAAUGUCAGGGCUGGAAGGAGAAACAAAACCUACUGUACCUGCACAGCCAAGCUUAGACUGUGAAAGGGACGUAAGUUGGUCAGCCAAACCAAAGCAGACCACUGUAGCUGAGGGUGAGAAGAGGAAUGAUACUGAAGAAGAUUGUGCAAUAUCCAGAGAGGAUAAGGGUACUGUUGCAAACUCAGAGGGAUUGAGUGGGGUCAGAGAUGAGUCACAGAAAUCUAAAAGCUUGAGAUUGAAAGCAGAAGCAAUUGCCUCCAUGGAAAUCUGUUGUCUACAGCCUAGACAGAAUUCACAGUUCAAGCCGUUGUGUGAAGCUUUAUAUCCUAAACAGUCUUCUACAUGUGAAGCUUUGCCAGGUCAUUUGAUGAUCAAACCCAUCCCAAGUCGUCAAACCAGAGAUGCAAGUCAAAAGUGUAGCAUGACUAUAACAAGUAUCAGUGUCUUGAAUGAUUAUUAUCUUGAUUUCAAGACCCUCGCUGAUAACAGGAAUCAGGAAUCUAGGAAUCGUAUUGAUGUUCAGAUUCAGGAAUCUGUCAGUUGUUUGGAGAAAUCCACAAUCAAAGAAGAAGAGAAGAUGAGAAGCGACUCUGGAGAGGGUAGCAGCGUGCCUCAGUUGGAUGAUACAAAGGGGAGGGCUAAUGUUGGAGCCAAAGAUAACAGUGUAGCCAGCCAAGAACUGGAGGAGCCCAAAGAAGAAAAAAUUGAGCCAAGUACCAGGAGUGUCUUUUGCACAAUGGAAUUACCAGAUAAGAGUCUUGGAAUACAGUUUGAAAAUGUGAAAGAAACACUCAUGACACCUCCAAGACCUCUUUGCCCUGAGCAGCAUGAGGAAAAUGCUACUCCGAACACCAGUGAGGAAUCUAACACUCCCUUGAGCACACAGCAGGUGAGUGGAACAUACUCUUCUUUUCCCACUCAGGAGGGGACAUUCCCUGAUGGUAGCAUUGCAGGAGAAGCACUUUGCAGGAUUGCAGAGGAAAAUGAGGCUGUCCCCAGUGUAGAGAAUACAGAGAGGGAGGAUUCUGGUAGAGAAAUAAAAGACAAUGAAAAAGUACAAGUGAAAAGGUCUACAAGGAAGAAGGUGAAUCACUAUCGGAAACGGAUGCUCUUCUCCCCAAGGAAAAGAUCGGCAGCUCCCAGGGUCCUUUAUUCUCUGAAGAUGCCAAGGCUGGAAGAGGAUUUCAAUGUAAUGCAAGACUCAGAGUUGCCUCUUGUAAUUGGAGAGAAUGGAAAAGAUGGGGUUGAAACACAAAGAGCAGUACCUGAUGACAGAAAAGAGAGUAAACCAAGUGAGGCUGAUUAUAAGCAGAUAUCCUCUGCCACAAAAUCAUCAACAGCUGCCAGUAGAGAUAAAGCUCAGAAUUGCUUUAAGGUAAAGAGCUCUUCAGCACCCAGAUCUGUAAAACUUCAGAGAUUUUUAGCUCUCCGUCAAAGCGUGGGCUGGUUUCCCGAAAUGCCCAGUUCACAGGAUGUUUUGCCACAUGACAAGCCUUUGGAGAACAUAAAGCCUGGCAGAAGGAGCAGAAUGAAGCAAUGCACCUAUCCACUCUAUCCUGUGAAUACCAUUAUCAGAAAACUCUCUAGGACAAAGUAUUGGAAGAAAAGUUUGUUGGAUAUCAUAAGGAGAAGGAAAGAGGAUAUUACUUUCCACAAACCAGAAACAGUAAAGAAGGUUAGAGGUAAAGAUUCUAAGAAAACUAGACUAAAAGUAAGUGAACAUGCCAAUCUGAAGGCAGAUACCAAAGGAACAAACAGUCACAGCUAUGUAAAAUGUGAUGAUAAAACCCCAGAUCUUAGGGCACCUGCAGAGCAGCAUAUUGGUUUAACAAAUGAGGUGUGUAUACCUUCACCUAAUGCUGAAAUUCAGAGAUCAUUUACCAGAAGCAGUUCAAGAUGCAGUGAAAAACAUGAUCUCUCUGACAACAAGAGGUGGCUAAGACAUAAAAGAACCAUAAAUAAUUACUCAAGUGGCUCUUCAUCAAAAGCAAGGACAGGCUAUAGAAAAGAAGGCUCAUCACCAAAAUACAUGAGCUCUGAUUCUCUCAAGGAACUAGACCAAGAAGGAAGUGACAGGUUGAGGAAGAUAGAUGCCAGGGAUAGGGAUGCACAUGAAAGUAGAGAAGAUGAGCCCUUCAUCAUUAACUUGAGACAGAAACUCAAGUUAAUGAGAGAGUGCUUUUCAUUUUUGUCUGUUUCAUCAGAUGAAAGUCAAAGGAAGAUUGCCUCACUCCUGUCAGUAGAGAUAAGGAAGAUGGAAAGUAUUUUGUCAGACUCUAAGGGCAAUGCAAAAGAUACAAUGGAAGAUAUCCAGAAAAUGGGAAGCAUGUCAAAGUCAAAUGGUGUUGGAAAGUAUCUUGAAGCAAGUGAUUCAUUGAGUAUGACUGGCCCAACCAAAGACAGUGAUACACCACAAAGUGAAAGAGAAAUUCAAGAACCAUUGUUGUCAGAACAAGAAGUACAAUUAGAGGAGGUAGAGAUUACUUUGAGCUUUGCAAAGAACGAAACUGAAAGUCUGAGGUCACAAAUAUUAAGAAAAGAAAAAACAGCUGACACAAAUAUAAGGGGAAGGAUGAGGACUGUGGCACCCUUACCACCAAAGAAGUACAGGAAAGGGAGAAAACUUAUUGGCAGGAGAAAGAAAUAUUAUGGGAGAGGGCAGAGAGCUGAUAGAGCUAGUAAUGGUGCAACACCUGUUCAAAGGACAGCAAGUGACUGUGGGGCAUCAGGAAAGGAAGGAGAAAAUCCCAUGGAUAUUGGAAUGGGAGGGAAUAAGAAUGUGCAGGAAAUAGUGGGUUCCACAUGUUUUGAUGUAGAAUUAAGUGGAGGUGCAAACAUUAUCUCAGUAUCAGAAUCUGCAGUCACUUCAACACCCACAAGAUUAAAGAGGAAUUUUAAGAAAAGAACAUUCAUUGGCAGGAGAAGGAAAAGUCAUGGUUACGUUUCAGCAUCUCCAAAGCAUGGGAAAGCAAAUAGUUUAAAUCCAGUGGAAAUGAAAGGAAAUGGUUUAGAAACAUUAGGGAUCAGAGGAGAAUCCACUGUGGAUGUAGGAACUAGUGAGAGCGAGAACUUUCAGGAUGCUUUGGAUCCAAGCUGCUUUAAUUUUAAAUUAGGCAGAAGGAGUGCCACAACAGAAUGCCCAAUAGAUGUCACUAACUUCCUCGAUGAUGUGACUCGCUCCAAAUCAGAGAACAAUACCCCCUUUGGGCUACCUGAAAUUGAAGAGGCAGCAUUCUCAGAUUUGGCAAAGGAAGGACAGACAUAUGCUAACCUAUUUGAAAAUGAAGGUGGUAGUGUUGAUGGGACUGAACAAGAAGGGAAUGAUUUAGGGGGAAAAGGACACUUACCUGAGAGUUGUCUAGAAGACUUUGCUCUUACACAUGACUUACGUGCACAGCUCAUGAGAGACCUUGACCUCUCAAGCAGUUUUUCUCCAGCAAGGAGUGAGAAAGAGCAUUCUUAUUUUGAUCAUGAAUUUGGAAAUGAUCAAGGACACACACAAGAAUUUCAGAUAAAUUCCCUUGCUCUUGGCAGCAUUGGCAGCCAAAGUUGUGAUUAUACAAAGAACUUUGAUGAUGAGUAUGAGACUCUGGCAGGUGAAGAUAAUAAUGAAAAGCAGAAUAUGGGCAGUCAGGAUGAAAACCUCACAGAUUUGACAGAGGUAGAGAAUGUGGUCAUAAAACUAGUUGAGUCAGAGCCAUGCACUGGCCUUGUUACAAGUAUCAAUGCUAAGGAAAUCCACCAGGAAGCCACCACCUCUCAAAAUGUGGAGGAUAAGCUUCAAAUUUCAACCCAAAACCCACCUGUCACUCCAGACCAGGAAGACAAUAUUGGCAGAAGGGAAGUAGAAAAGCCAGAUGUGGGAUGUGUAGAGGAUGUGGAAGAGAAUGGGAAUGAAGAGCAGGAUGAUGAUGAACAAAAGGAAGGGGAGAGAACAUCCUCCAAAUGCAAGGAUCAGGACUGCUUAGUAGGAAAUAAUGAGAAGGACAAUCUUGCAUCAUUCUUAAGGGAAAAUUCUAAUGCAAAGCAGGAUUCAAAUCCAGUGUCAGAUUCAGAUUGUGAAGAUGUGCUUUCCAUCUAUGCUCAGGAUGUGGCAGAUCUGGAUAGUGACUUGGAAAAUGAAGAAGCAGUUUGGAAAGAGGACAUGGAUGAGUCAGAAAUCCUGGAUGAGAAUCCUGAUAGUGCAUUACAAUCCUGGAAUGAACAAAGGGGAAUAAAUAGUCCCAUUGAGGAUGUUACAAAGUCUCCUGCCAACAAGUUCUCAGUCAUCUCAAGGACUGCCAUUAACGAGAGUGCAAAUAAUCCAGUUAUAGUAUAUAGUGAUUCAAAGAAGGAAGGGGAAGAAGAGGAAGGGUCUAAUGAUGAGGACUCAAGAUGGUUUUUGGAAAGGAGAAGGAAUGAGAUGGAGAGGAAACCCAAGAAUAAUGAUAAACCUAGGGAAGGAGAGGCCAUUGCAGAGGCUAGGGUUUGCACGAGAGCUGGGGAGGGUUUGGAAUGGGAGGUGAGUUGUGCUCAAAGUACGUCUCCUACCUGUGGGGAGAGAACACUGGAGAAAGGGAACAGUGGCAGGGAAAAAACUCAAAAGUGUGCAAAACAGAGCAGUGAGCUUGAAGGUAGAGUAAGCAAUGAUUUUGAGAUAGCACAAAACAGAGCAGAUGACUUAGUGAUGGUCUGUGCGACUCAGGCAAGCACUGUUGAUAUAAGCACGAUUGGCAGAGGAAAUCUGAUGCCUGUUGUGGGAAGAGCAGAGAUGGAGGGGAAUGAAGAGGAUGUUCCAACACAGAUUCCCUUGCCAGUGAAGCCUGUAGGUUACUGUCACAAAGCUGUAGAUCGAGGAUGGUGUGACAGGAGCAUCUGCAGGUUCAGACAUGAGAUGUCAGAAGAACUGGAAGCAUACUACAGUCAGCUGCUGCUUCACUAUGUGUCACAGGGAAGGGCACAUUUGGGAUGGAAAGUCCUUGGCUUCAACACAGUCACUGCUGUCAACAACCCGUAUUUGAGAAUUAAUAUCCUUCUGCCUCUUGCACGUCACCUUGUGCAGGGUACCUUUAGGGAUGUCAAGGUCCCUUCACACAUCACGCCACUGCUCGACAUUUCAAAAUUACGAGCUUUUUGUGAGGCUGGCAAAGGGUUUGAGGCUUAUAAGUUGUUGAGUACGUGCCAUACCUCCUUCCCCCCUUACAUGUUGCAGCUCCUCUUGCGAGAGUUUGUUAGAUACUGUGAGUGCUGGCCAGAGAGAGGUGCUGUGACUCCGUGGGAGAAGGUGCAGUUGUGGAAGUGGAAUGAGGGCCAAGGAACCAGUAAGGACCUCCUCAACAUCAGCUGGCUGGACUUCCAUCUGAGACAGAGGAAUGGGGAUACGGUGUGUCGAGCAUAUGAUUACCUGUGCCGGUCGAUCAAGAUACCCUCAGCUUUUUUCACACACAUCACAUGUUCUGUAAUAAAAUUCUUCAAUGAGAUGGGUGACAGAGAGAAAAGUUUUUAUGUUCUGAAAGAAGUGCGGAGAUUGAAUGCUAAGGAUCCCAAGAUUUUUACCCUUCUUGUUCCACCAGACCAGGAAACUGCAAAACGUCACACUGCAGAGGUCCUUGAGUUAGUGCAGUUUGUGUGUGAGGAGAAGGUGCAGCUGUCAGUACCAACUUUCACACUUCUCAUUAAUGCCAUAAGGGCCAUUGAUCAGCUGGUGCUCACAAUAGACCUUAUUAUUUGUGCUGUUAAGGUGUGUCAGUAUGACCCGAAGGUUUCUCUACUGGAGAUUCUGAUACUUGAUAGCAUCCGCAAAUUCCCACAACUCCUUUGGCCAGUGUCAAACCUAGUCUGUGUCCUGCCUGCCAAGUCCCUUGUUCUCCUCAUACCUACCCUGAGACAUGUUUUGGAUAUGCUUCACUUUGCACCUCCACCAGCACAGCAGGUUGAGGAGAACAUUGUUUGUUACUGCCACAGUAAGGGGGUGUUGUUAUAUGAAGAUUCAGUACAGCAGUUUGCACAGAGAGGCAGAGAAGGGGGUGCAAAGGCCAGUCCUAACAUUCCUCUGAGAGCAUUUAGGAAAGAAACUUCAGGAAGUCAAGGGCAUCAAGAGGUACUUCAUAAGGAUGGUAAUGUAACUAUCCCUUCUCAGCUCAGCAGAUUCAGAGUUGGUAACUGUAAACAAGAGAAGGUGGGCCCAGGCAUGACAGAAAGCAAGAGAGUCCCAUCUCUGCCAUCUUUGGUAAUGAGGGAACAGAUGAGAGCCCCAUCUCCAGUUCAAUUGCAAAACACCUACCAAAAGCAACCAACAUCCUUAAGGCUUGGUAACAAAAUUUCUAGGAAUGCUGGCCGUGAGUCUCAGAAAUCUCCAUCCAUUGCAGAUGUUCCAAGGCCUAUCCUGCCCAGAUCCCCACAAAUACAGAAUAUUCCUGGACUCUCAAAGAACACUUUACCACCAGGGAUUAAAAUUAAUGUCAUCGGCUGGCCCAGUGUUGAAACUAAAAACAUGAUGAAUAGUGCAAAUCAGGUUAUUCAGAAGUUAAAGAACAAACAGACUGACAAUGUCUAUAUGAGAGAGCUAUCCAUGCAAAGUGGUGCAUCUCAAAAGGCCGAAGGAUCAAAUACCAUUACUGGGAAUUGUAGCAGUGUUCAGAGUCACUCAUUGGAAAUGGGUGAGGCUGGCUCUGCAGGGGAACUGAAGACCUCAAAAUGUAUUACGAGUAACCAAAGGAUAAGUGCAGUUGCAUCUUCAAGGUCCAAGAUGGACCACUUGCGAUUCAUGAUGCCAAAGAGCAGAAAAGGACUCCCUCCUGUGAAAACUAUUGCUAAAGGUUCUGAAAAAUCCAUUUCAGAGCAAGCUCAGACAUCCAUUUGCUUAAUGGAAUCAAAGGGCACUAUGUAUGGAGAUUUUGAAAUUGAUUUGCAGGGAGCUCCAGAGCAAAGUUUAGUCUCAGAGAAUGAGUGCGUAGAGGUUGAACGAGGAGAGUCAGACCCCAUGGCACCGCUGACUAAAAUUCUACGAGGAGUGAUGAAGGUGGAGAACAAGAAUGAGAGGAGAUUGAGGCUAACAGAAGUAUUUAAGGACUUAAGUAAAGGGGAGACUCUAAGGAAAACUGCGAGGAACUUCUCUAACGUUAUUAGAGCUUUGAAAGGGAUGAACAACUUAACAACUGCUGAAGAGGUCCUUGGUGAGCUUGGUGUGUCUCUGAUGAUAGAGUGCUCUGAGCAGUGUUGCGUGGUGGAGGCUGCAUCAGUUAUCAGUGUGCUUCUUGAAAGUGAUUUGUUAGUCAGUGCAUAUUUGCCACUGCAAAAGGAAAACCCUCCUUCAGAGCAAGCACUAGCUGUGAUGGCCCUGGAGGCACUACACUUGACAGGAGCCUGGGACUCUUUUAUGAAGGUCUUGGAUGAUGUGUACUGGUCUGGAGGCUCAGAGGAUGUCCAAACAAAACUGAAAUGCUUAUCCAGGAUACUCCAGUCUCUCCUGACAUCAUUUGUACUGGUUGACUCCAUCUCUAUUGCAAGGCUUCAGAAUGCAGUCAAGAUCCUGGCUUCACUUGUCAAGUAUUUUCGAUAUGAUAUCCAAAUAAUAAGGAAUGAGUAUGCUAAGAUAGCAGAUUUAGUCACUUUCUUUAUCAAGACUUGGAAGUGUGUAAGUCAAUCCAAAGUCACUACACUGAUAAUGGAAGUAAAAGCACUUGUUUUAGAGGCAAAGUCGUUUGGCAUCAAAGUCCCUGAAGAAAUUGAAGAAUCCGUUAGAUUUUGUGAUGUGGAAAGACGAGAGACUGGUAGUUUGCAUAUGGAAGGACACAUACAAAAGACUACAAGAUUACAUCAAAAUGUUAGCGUUGAAGGAGAGUCUGUUUUCAAAGGUCAGAAGAAGCCACAUCAGCCUCUGUGUCCAGUGAAUAAAGGAACACUCUGGAGACCUUGCAAGCAGGAUGUGGGAAGGCUUGGGGGAAAUUGCAAACAAGGAUUAGCAAUGCAUGGCAAAGGUUACAUGGAAAGAAGAGACACCCAAGGAAAGUCCUUCCUCCAGGAGAGAGCAGUGCCCACUGCAGGUACCACUAACAUGUGGGACUUGCCAGAGGAGAGAGGACCCAACAUAACAGUAUGCUUGCAAGGUAACAGUGAUGCUAACAUUGCAAGGAAGGUGGUCAUGCAUGGCCAAACAGGUCCAAGAAUAGAGAAUCGAAACCAGGCCCAAGCUCCCAUUGUUAGUAAUUCCAUAAUGGGGAGAGGUGGUUCCUGGGAUAGACAGGUAUGUCCUUCAGUGUCACCAAACAUGCAAGCCAAAAGAAUCAGAAUGGAAAUGCAGAAUCCAUCAGGGCUUGUAGGGAGGGCCAAGCAGCACUUGGCCAAACGGUUGACAACUUCCCACAACACAGAUGCAAAUCAGGGAAGUGAGUUCCUCAGCAAUGGCUCCAAGAGGCUUAGGAAGGCGCAGUACAAGGGGAGCAAAAGACAAUUGCUGCGACUGGCACUCAGCGAUGAUUGAGGAGGGGAUUAAAGUAUGAUAAUUGUGAUGAGUAGAAUAUAUUUAGAGAAAAUAAAUGAAUAUUUUUCUGGGGUAAGAAUUUUUUUUUUUUUUUUUUUUUUUUUUUUUUAGAUUGGGAAGUAUUAUACAUACCUAUAUAUUAAAAUAGUAGGUAUUAAAAAGGAUUACUUUUGUCUUUAUCCUAUGCCAUUGCUUACACCUUUUCCUCCAUCCUCCUCCACUCUUCUUUUCCUACCUUUUGUGUCUUCUCACCUUUCUGUUGUUCCUCUUCUCUCAUACCUUCCUCUCUUCUUUUCCUCCCUCCUCUCUCUAUGGUUUUCCUCCUUUCUUCCUUUUCCUCAUUUUCUUCUUUCUCUUUUCUCCUAAUCUUUCCUACUCCUCCCUGUCCUCGCCAUCUUUUCAAUUUCCUCCUUUUCUUCAUGUCCUUUGUCCUCUGUUUCUAUU